CACAAAUCGGAGAGAGAGAGAGAGAGGGGUUUUCCGAAGAGAGAGAGAGUAAAGAGAGUAAUUUUCCACGCAACGUUUUAGAUAGGGGGUAUGCAUAAUUGCGUAUAUUGAGCGUUUUAUAAAUAAAUUUCCCCCAAAAAUUCUCUAAACUGUAACAACGGCCAGUGCUUUCCCGCCAUGGCGAUGGCUCAGGUGGAGACACAACCGCAAGGCUCUCUCGUCGACGACGACGGCAAGGACGACUGCUUGGAGAAGGCGAAGACCUUGAUUUGUGCUCUCAACCUCCUUUCCCGCAACCUUCCUCUUUCCCAGGACAUCUUCGAUGCCGUCUCCUCUAUCUACGAUGAUGUGGAGGAUGAAGUGGACGACGUCGUCGAGGAACGGGCCGGUGGAUCCAAUGUCGGUGUCGGCGACAAGAAUGGUCUAGGCAUUUUGAAAAGAGGAAAUUUGAUUAUAGAACUUGAGGAUGCACUGGUGAAACAGCGACCAAAUUGCUUGUCUGGUUCUGGACUGACAGAAUCAAGGGAUAAGCGUUUGCAGAGCCACAUCCAGCAUCGUUUGGCUGAACUUGAAGAAUUGCCUUCAAGCCGAGGCGAGGACCUGCAGUCAAAGUGCUUGCAUGAACUCUAUGGACUAAAGCUUUCAGAAUUGCAGAGCAAGGUUCGGUCUGAUGUGAGUUCAGAAUACUGGCUUCGCGUGCAUUGUGCAUAUCCUGAGAGCCAGUUGUUUGAUUGGGGCAUGAUGCGAUUACGUCGUCCUCUAUAUGGUGUAGGAGAUGCUUUUGACAUGGCAGCUGAUGAUAACCUAAAGAAGAAACGGGAUGUUAAGAGGCUGUCAAGGUUGCAAGAGCAGGAAAAGAAUCUCGUGGAAACUAGGAAAAGGAAAUUUUUUGCAGAAUUACUAGAUGCUACUCGUGAACUCCAAUUGCAAAUACAAGCUGCUCAGAGACGACGGAAACAAAGGAAUGAUGGUGUUCAGGCAUGGCAUGGAAGACAAAGGCAGCGCGCUACACGGGCAGAGAAAUUGAGAUUCCAAGCUCUGAAAUCUGAUGAUCAGGAAGCUUACAUGAGAAUGGUGGAGGAGAGCAAGAACGAAAGGUUAACAAUGCUUCUAGGAAAAACCAAUGAGCUCCUAGUUCGUUUGGGAGCUGCUGUUCAACGGCAAAAAGAUGCUGGACAUGACGGCAUUGAACCCUUGAAAGACUCAGAUGCUGACUUGCCUGAGUUGCCCGCCUCAAACAGUGAAACCCCUGGGGAUUCAAUUCCUGAGGAAGAUGCUGACAUAGUGCAUAGUGAAUCCAGUCAACCCUUGAAGACGGGGGAUCUACUUGAAGGCCAGAGGCAGUAUAAUUCAGUUAUUCAUGCAAUCGAGGAAAUGGUAACCGAGCAACCAUCAACGCUUCAAGGUGGAGAACUAAGGCCCUACCAAAUAGAAGGGCUGCAGUGGAUGUUGUCUUUGUUCAAUAACAAUCUAAAUGGAAUUUUAGCGGAUGAGAUGGGGUUAGGAAAAACAAUCCAAACCAUUGCGUUGAUUGCGUAUCUUAUAGAAAACAAAGGCGUCACUGGACCCCACUUGAUUGUGGCUCCGAAGGCUGUGCUACCGAAUUGGGUUAAUGAAUUUUCAUCCUGGGCCCCUAGUAUCAUGGCUGUUCUAUACGAUGGGCGUCUAGAUGAAAGAAAGGCAAUGAGGGAAGAGUAUUCAGGGGAGGGAAAAUUCAACGUCCUGAUCACCCACUAUGAUCUUAUUAUGAGGGACAAAGCAUUUCUCAAGAAAAUUCACUGGCAAUAUAUGAUUGUUGACGAAGGGCAUAGGCUAAAAAAUCAUGAAUGUGCUCUUGCAAGGACUCUUGUUUCAGGGUACCGGAUUCGACGGAGACUGCUGUUAACUGGUACUCCCAUACAGAAUAGUUUGCAGGAGUUAUGGUCCCUUCUCAAUUUUCUCCUACCAAACAUUUUUAACUCUGUUCAGAAUUUCGAGGAGUGGUUUAAUGCGCCCUUUGCGGAUAGGUGUGAUGUUUCACUAAAUGAUGAAGAAGAACUAUUGAUAAUUCGCCGUCUGCACCAUGUUAUAAGGCCAUUCAUAUUGAGGAGGAAGAAAGAUGAGGUGGAGAAGUACCUUCCUGGGAAAACACAAGUCAUACUGAAAUGUGAUAUGUCAUCAUGGCAGAAAGUAUACUAUCAGCAAGUCACUGAUGUGGGGAGGGUUGGACUGGAUAGUAGAUCUGGGAAAUCCAAGAGUCUACAAAACCUCACUAUGCAGCUCAGGAAGUGUUGUAAUCACCCAUAUCUAUUUGUUGGAGAAUAUAAUGUUUGGCGCAAGGAGGAGAUUGUUAGAGCAUCAGGGAAAUUUGAGCUACUUGAUCGGUUGCUCCCCAAACUUCACAAAGCGGGCCACAGAGUUCUCCUUUUCUCCCAGAUGACCCGUCUUAUGGACAUUCUUGAGAUUUAUUUACAGCUUCAUGAUUUUAAGUAUCUUAGACUUGAUGGAUCAACUAAAACCGAGGAAAGAGGAACUUUACUAAAGCAAUUCAACGCCCCUGAUUCUCCUUUCUUCAUGUUUCUUCUGAGCACUCGUGCUGGGGGUCUUGGUCUGAACUUGCAAACGGCUGAUACAGUGAUAAUAUUUGACAGUGACUGGAACCCUCAGAUGGACCAACAGGCUGAGGAUAGAGCCCACCGGAUUGGGCAGAAGAAGGAAGUUAGGGUUUUUGUUUUGGUUAGUGUUGGAUCAAUUGAAGAGGUAAUCUUAGAACGCGCAAAGCAAAAGAAGGGAAUCGAUGCUAAGGUCAUCCAGGCUGGACUGUUCAAUACAACCUCCACAGCUCAGGACAGAAGAGAGAUGUUGAAAGAGAUCAUGCACAGAGGCACUAGCUCACUUGGAACAGACGUACCAAGCGAAAGAGAAAUCAAUCGUCUUGCGGCACGUUCUGAGGAGGAAUUCUGGCUCUUUGAGAAAAUGGACGAGGAGAGAAGGCGCAAGGAGAAUUACAGAUCGCGUCUAAUGGAAGAGCACGAGGUCCCAGAAUGGGCAUACACCACGCCAGAUAAUAAAGAAAGUAAGGGGAAAGGUUUUGAUUACGAAAGUAAAAAUCUCAGUGGAAAGCGAAAAAGGAAAGAGGUGGUCUAUAUGGAUGCAAUUAGUGAUACACAGUGGAUGAAGAAUGCUGAAAACGGACUAGACAUGACGAGGAAUUCUGUUAGAGAAAAGAGGAGGGAGAUUCUUGUUCGUGGCAUUGGAAAUGAAGUUGCGAGUAAUAGUCAAGUGGGGAAGAAGAAAGUAAGGGUAGUGAAGAUUGAGAAUCUGAAGCAUGAGAAUGUGUCAAUGGUGAGCAAGGGAACGACUGAAGAUACCCUUAGUUUGAACUCAAACAAAUCAAAUAUCGAGGUGGAAUUUUCCCAGAAAACGGAAGAAGGGGAACGCAAUGUGUUGUUGUGGAAGGUUCACAAAAGGAAGAGAUCAAGGUUAGUGUCCUGAAUUGUGGUAUUACAAGUGGAUAGAUGCGAUCGAAAUGGCUGGUGAAAAAACGCCAUAUUUUGAAGGGAUUUGGUUAUCUCAUCCCCUUCCAAACCUUCAUGUUGUAAAAUUAUUAGUAGCACAUAGUGUUCUCUGUGGGACAUUCGUUGGUAACCUAUACAAUGUGACGAUUUAAAAUGCCGUAGCCAUUUACAUUUGCUCUGGUAGUACAGAGAUUGUUUGUAGCCAAAAACAUGUAUAAUCAGCGCAUGCAUAGAAUGCAGCUGUGCUUUUGUUUGCCCCAUUCAUAGUUGGAGUGUAAUAGGCUAACAACCAGUAUAACUGAAUGCACUAUAGUUUGUCGCAAGACUGGAUUUGUUGUUUCUCCAAAAA